UAAUUUCUACAACCUAUAGGAAACAAUCCUUGGCGUUGAGUUCUCUCUUCCCCUCCUGCAAUCAUCCAAGCGACUCUCACUCCCCUAGGGUUAGGGUUUGGGUUCAACUUCAAAUCAAAAAUCUGCAUCUCUCACAAAGCCUACUGUGCAUGAGAUGGGAUCGAAAGCAGUAGACUCCAACAACAAGCCAGUGUUUCUUACCAAGGCUCAGAGAGAGCAGUUGGCCCUUCAACGCCGUCAGGACGACAUCGCCCAACAGAAGCGCCGUACUGAACUCCUCCGCCCCUCCUCCUCCUCUGACUCCCCCACCGCCAAACCCUCCGAUCAUGACCCCACCACCACCCGCCACCACCACCACAACAACCACCACCGCUCCUCCCGCGAUUACGACCGCGACCGAGACCGAGAGCGCGACCGUGAGCGCGACCGUGAGAGAGACCGAGACCGCGAUUCGGAGCGGCGGAACCGCGAGCGUGAGCGCGAGGAAGAUCAAAAGGCUAGGGAGCGAGCCCGGUUGGAGAAGCUAGCGGAGAGGGAGCGAGAGAAGGAGCUUGAUUCCAUCAAGGAACAGUACCUAGGGUCCAAGAAACCUAAGAAACGGGUAAUUAAGCCUAGCGAGAAGUUCCGAUUCUCUUUCGAUUGGGAGAACACCGAGGACACGUCUCGGGACAUGAAUGCCCUCUACCAGAACCCUCACGAGGCUCGUCUCUUGUUUGGCCGGGGGUUUCGUGCCGGCAUGGAUCGGCGAGAACAGAAGAAACUCGCUGCCAAGAAUGAGAAGGAGCUCAGGGAGGAGAUUCGGAAGAAGGAUGGGGUUGAGGAGAAGCCGGAAGAGGCUGCUGCCCAGAGACUCAUGGAAGAGGCUGCUGAUCUCUAUGAUACUUUCGACAUGAGGGUCGAUAGACAUUGGUCAGACAAGAAGCUGGAAGAAAUGACAGAGAGAGACUGGAGAAUUUUCAGGGAAGAUUUCAAUAUAUCCUACAAGGGUUCCAAGAUUCCUCGGCCUAUGAGGAGUUGGGCAGAGAGUAAGUUGGGUGCUGAGCUGUUGAAGGCUGUGGAAAGGGCAGGCUACCAGAAGCCAUCUCCGAUACAAAUGGCAGCCAUUCCUCUUGGACUGCAGCAGCGUGAUGUCAUUGGCGUAGCCGAGACUGGUUCGGGUAAGACUGCUGCUUUUGUUCUUCCCAUGUUGACAUACAUUACUAGGCUUCCUCCUAUGAGUGAAGAGAAUGAGGCGGAGGGGCCUUAUGCUGUUGUGAUGGCACCUACUCGCGAACUUGCACAGCAGAUUGAGGAUGAAACAGUGAAGUUUGCACAUUAUUUGGGUAUCAAAGUGGUGUCAAUUGUUGGUGGGCAGUCAAUUGAGGAACAGGGUUUCAAGAUUAGGCAAGGGUGUGAGGUCGUGAUUGCGACGCCUGGUCGACUUAUUGAUUGCUUGGAGAGGCGUUAUGCUGUUCUGAAUCAAUGCAACUAUGUUGUUCUUGAUGAAGCUGAUCGCAUGAUUGAUAUGGGUUUCGAGCCACAGGUUAUGGGUGUCCUGGAUGCAAUGCCUUCUAGCAAUUUGAAACCAGAGAAUGAAGAUGAGGAGCUUGAUGAGAGAAAGAUUUACAGGACAACUUAUAUGUUCAGUGCUACGAUGCCACCCGCUGUGGAGCGGCUUGCUAGAAAGUAUUUAAGGAAUCCCGUGGUUGUCACCAUUGGCACGGCAGGAAAGACAACUGAUUUGAUCACCCAGCAUGUCGUCAUGAUGAAGGAAUCAGAGAAAAUGUAUAAGUUGCAGAAAUUGUUGGAUGAACUUGGGGAUAAGACGGCAAUUGUGUUUAUCAACACUAAGAAGUCUGCUGAUAAUCUUUCCAAGAAUUUGGAUAAGGCUGGCUAUCGGGUGACAACUUUGCAUGGUGGGAAGUCACAGGAGCAGAGAGAGAUUAGUCUUGAAGGCUUCAGGACCAAAAGAUACAAUGUAUUGGUUGCAACGGAUGUAGCAGGGCGUGGUAUUGAUAUUCCUGAUGUGGCCCAAGUCAUAAAUUAUGAUAUGCCUGGAAAUAUUGAAACGUACACGCAUCGUAUUGGACGAACUGGACGUGCAGGGAAGACGGGUGUUGCCACAACAUUCUUGACUUUGCAUGACACUGAGGUCUUCUAUGAUCUAAAGCAGAUGCUUGUUCAGAGUAACAGUCCUGUGCCUCCUGAACUGGCCAGACACGAGGCUUCAAAAUUCAAACCGGGAUCAAUUCCUGACAGACCACCUAGGCGCAAUGACACGGUUUUUGCUCAUUGAAGAUGGUCCAACAUCUAUGCAAUACUAGGAACAUAGUUAGGUUGAUAGGAAUAUCAGCACCUAGAUUGUUAUAAUGAGAAUACCAAAGGUCUAAAAGUGAGCACCUGAAAGUCCCAUGGUUCGAGGACACGGACGCGGCCGCCAAUGCAGAUGCUAACGCCAACGCUUUGUAAUGGACUUGUCGCUUUGAUUAUCGCCAUCAUAGAAAUUUCUUGACCUUUCAGAUCAUUAGAUGUGGCGAUAUCCACCGAUAUAUCAGUGAGUCUUGGAUUUGGACUCGCCUCGGCUGGUAUGGAGAAUGAUGCCCGAAACAGGUAAGCUUGUAUUGUGGUUAUUUCUGCUUGUAUGUUUUCUUUUAAUCUUUUUCAGUAUUGAAAGGACACAAAGUUAACUUAAACUAUUUCACUUUGUAUCUAUAACAUCUAAUCUACUUUUGCAACUUAAGAAAAGACCUAGAGAUGAAAUAUGGCCAUGAUUGUGUGACCAGGUGUAGUUGUUAAGGAUUUUAGCAUCUUAACUUGGAUGGGAACAUUUAGCACACUGCAUUUCCACGGCACUUCAUUUUUCAUCUUGAUUGUCACACUAAAUCCCAUGUCACACUAAAUCCCAUGUCGCCAUUUCUCCUUAUCAGUACCUGAUGGUGUACUUGUAAGGCUUCCUUAUACCGUAUUUUGCACCUGGAUUCUGGAAAGAAACUUUGCAAGGUUUUCUCUCUCUUUGACUGGCAUAUUUAAAUAUUUGCACGGCUUAACAUAAGAUUCUGAAUUUGGUCAGCGACGGUGGAAAAACAAUCUGAUGUUGGAAAAUCUCUCUAACGGAUGAACUUAUCAAAAAAAAAAAAAAAAAAUCUCUCACAGAUGCAACAGCACCAGUCAAAUGGAAUUACAUACUACAGUACAUAAUACCGAUGUUGCUUUAUGCCUCUUACGAGAUGUCUGCAGAUAUUGAAUGUGUUUGUUUACCUUCAUGCUUAGCUAUUAUAUUCCUGGAAAUUGUCUACUAACAUUAACUUCCCGCAUUCCUUCACAAGUUCUUAAUCAGUCAUCCUUAUGGUGUUGAUGGCAUAAAGAUGAUUCAUUCUGUCAUUAACAAUGAAAGCAGUAUCACUUCUGUAUGAUACGGCUUACUUCAGUAAGCUUUCUGGUAAUCUUAUUGGACCUUGGAGGAUGUAUAAUCUUAAAGAGAGAUCGGGCGAUAAUUUCUUAAGCAGGUUGCUCCAAGUAUCAAACGUGAGGAACUAGUGCCAGAAAAUCUGGUUGUUGGGAGUUUAAUAAGAUUUAUCAGUGCCUUUUUACUUAUCAAAAAAAAAAAAAAAAGAUUUAUCAGUGUCUUUUGACCUUUUUGACCUCAUAAAUUGUAUAUGAGCAACCCUUGAUUGUACAAUUUUUGCUUAAAGUUUUCAGGAAUCUUGUGUGGGAGAUCCCAUUUGUCUUGCUGAUGAUAUUAACUCUUUAAUGUACCUCCCCUGAACAUGGAGGUGGUGAAUUUGUAAUUUGAUGUUUGGGAAUAGCUCACUCCAAUUUGAUAUCAAUGGGUAGAAUUUUUACUUUGAUGCCAGGGGGAUGUACUCAUCUUACAUGCUCUAAAUUGAUGAGCAGUAUUUUGCAUACCCAACUUAGGGAUUACUUUAGGCAUUGCCGUUAAUACCACAGGCUGUAGUUGACAUAAAUUCCUAGAUUGAACUUCUGUUUUUGUAAAUCAAACACACGCCUUUGUCCCAACAGGACUUGAACCCUCAACUUAUCAUAUGGAAGGAGGGAGGAGUUUGAUGUAACAGUUAUUUUAUUAUUAUUUUUUAUUGGCAAGCAACACACACACACCCUACUCACACACCCAUUUUGUCUCUUUGGGGACUCUAAAGCUCACCUUUCACUUUGGGAGGUAGAUGGUUAGGCCACAGGACCCUUAACAGUUAUUUCAUAUUUGUAUCAUAUGGAUGGUAGGGUCAUAUCAUUUGAGGUAAUAGUGCUGCAAGUAACUAAUGCUGUAAAAAUAGAUAUAGCAAAUGGUUUUUCUGUUGCUGCAUGUGUUAGGUGUUAGGCUUUCACAACGUUACCUUUGAUGUGUCAUGGGUAUAAAGAGGCAUGCUGUAGCUGAAUGCUUCUUUCGGUAGGAAGGAAGAAAAUUGGAUGGAAGUGAUAGAAGAAGGGAUGAAUGAGCCAUCCCUAGAGAAGAGAUUAUGGUCUUUCCUCUUUUUGUUAGGUUGGAUAAAAGAAAAGAGAAGAAAAUGACAAUUUACUUUGAUCAGUAGGAUAGAAGGAAAGAGAGAUUUUUAAGUUGUUUCUACCAUUAAACCCAUCAUUUACUUUAUUUGUGGGAUUUGUUAAAUAUUUUGAAGGAUGAUAUAGGAAUUUAAAACUUCUAUAAUAGGCUCAAUUGUAUUCUCUCCUCUCUUCCGCCCAUAUUUGGACGGAUGAAAAUUUGUGGAGGAAGGAUGACGCAUCCAUCAUAUUAUCCUUGCUUUCUUUAUAUCAUCUCUACCGAACAGGGAAGUUUGUUCCUUCCUUACUAUUUUCCUUCCACCCCACUUCCUUCCUUCCUACCGAACAAAGCAGAAAACAGACAUUCUGAUCAAACAGAGGCUUCUGCAAUAGGUGCAGGGGAGUAGUCAUGCAGAUAGCGAAUGUUGAAGCCAUUGAGAUACUUGUGGAAUGAUGUAGCAAUGUUGUCAAGAUCCUUCGGGGACAUUAGAAAUUAGAAACAUGCAGUCAGGUGCAGUUGCAGUUGCAGUUGCAGCAACCUGUGCUGAUUAGAAGUAAAUCAGACAUGGUAGAUAGGCUAAACCUGCUGAGAGGACUUGGCCACAGCAAGCAAACCAUGAGCUAGACAUUGCUUGGGUGUAAAGUGAAUGCACGCAAAGUAGUAUAGUAACAGUCCCUAACAAAGUGACUGCAGAACUUAGACGAGGAGGCACUGCAUUACUUAUAGAUGAUCGAUCAGUACUACUCUGCCUUAAAAAAAUAACAGUAGGGGUGGAGCACUCACAUCUAGUUGUAGGCCACUGGUCCGGAUUAGCAAACAAAAUCAGAAUAAUAUAGUUUAGGCCUCGUUUGGUAACCAUUUAUGUUUGAUGUUUAAUUUUUAGUUAAACAGAUUUGAGGAAAAAAACAUGUUUGAUAAUAUUUGUGUUGUUUAUAAAUAGUUCUAACACUCUUAAAGUAGCUCCAGGCAUGAUUUUGCAAACACCAAAAGGAUGUUUAAACCAUUUAUGUUAGGGAAAUACUGUAGCGGGAUGCUGGAGCAAAAUGACACUAGCGGAGAUAAAAUCAUUGUAGCGACUUUUUUAUGCCAAAUGACAAACCAGUUCAGUUCGCCUCAGCUUUGCGCCCUAGAUCAAAAUCGUUUCUUACUCAAAGCCAAUCUCUUCCACCAUCUGUCGCGAUCUCCUCCUACAUCUACCGCAAGCUCCUCCAGCGGCGAGAAGAACUACUUUGCUAUUUUUCUCUCUCCUCCAGGAGGUUUGUUCUCUCACUUUCAUCCUUGUUGUACGUAGAUCUUUCCAGCUCUACACUAUCUUCUUCAUUGAGUUGUUCCUCGGUUUCUCACUCUUUUUCUCUCUCUAAUUUCUUCUCCUCUGUUCAUCUUGCAUUUAGUUCUACUUCUUAAGCUCACUUCAUCACUGAUUGUUGAUUAUUUUUAAACUUGCAUGUAUUUUUAUUUAUUAGUUUUAAUCUGAUCCAUGUAUUGAUAUAUUGCCAUAGUGCUGUGUAGUAUGUGCUUUGUUGCUUCUGCUUGCUUUUCAUGUAACGGAGAACUGGAUGGGCAUUGAAGUUGUUGGCAUCGUCUUGUUGCCUUUUAAAUUGGUUUAUGUUACGUUGUUGAAUCCAUAUUAUUGAUUAUAUCAUUAUUUUUUCUUCAGCUUCAGUACAUUAAUAAAUUUCAUUCCUAGUCAUACAUAAACUUAAAAUAGAAAUUUUAAUGGCAAAUCUAUGAAUUUAACCAAACAUUCAUGAUCAAAUUCAUUAAUGUAUUUUAAGCCUCUGGUUGGAAUUUGAUACCUUAAUUCUAAAAUGCACCUCGUUUGGUGAAAUUAGUGAGAAACAAGCAGACAAGGCCUGUAUAUCAUUGUCUUUUACUCCUUGCAAUGAAAACUAUUUGUUUUAACAGAAGUUCAUUUCAAUAAGAUUAGCUUAAUCCUCUUUCAUUCUUUAGCCAUGUAUAUUCUUUUAAUUAUAGUUUUGACCCUUUUGGGGGUUAUUCUAAGCUCCCUUUCCAAAGGUGGGUUUUUUUUUUUUUGAUAAGUACUCUCUUUCUUAAUUUGUUAUGCGUAUUUUACCCUUACCAAACUUGGUUUUGGCAUCCAAUGCACUUUUGAUUUUUGAAGAUGUCAAGGGUUUCAAUUUAAAAGUAAAUUCAGUAGAUGUUCCACUCCAUGUUUAUUGGUGAUAUCUUAUUUAAGUGACUGAGACUUGCUUUGAAGUUGAUGGGUGGCUUUAUAUUGGUUGGUAGGACACAAGAAUUGCUCUUAUUUCAGUUUAUAGGUGGGGGGAGAGUACUGAUUGCUGAAUAUGCGGGUCAUGUGAGUCUUUACUCCGUAAUUGCACUCAAAUGAAUUUGCAUGUCAUGUUCAGACCCUUUUGUGUGUGUGUGUUUACUACGUAUGCACUAGUUGUGUCUCAGUCCAACUAUGGCAUUCCUUCCUCCUCACGGAUCAUUGAUGCUCCUCAGUUCAGACACCAGUCUAACCAAUAAGUUGUGAUGCUAGAGACUUCAGUUGACAAUUCCAAUUCCUGUAUCGGGGCAUUACAUAUUCCUAGAUGUGUGUGAUGUUUCAUUUGUACAAUAGAGAUAAUUCAAUUAACAAUUGUUUUGUUUUGUUUUGUUUGCUUAUAAUUCAGUUCUAUUUGUGACUA